AUGUCUGUGGUAUCUGGAGCAAAGGGGGAGACAGCACAGCAGGCGAGAUCACUGUAUCGUCAGCUCUUACGACAAGGUGAACAAUUCGCUGCAUACAACUUCAGAGAGUAUGCCAAACGAAGGACGAGAGAUGCGUUCAGAGAGCAUAAGGAUGUGCAAGACCCGAGAGAGAUUCAGGAGUUGAUGCAAAAGGGGCUGAAGGAAUUGCAAUCGAUGAAGAGGCAAGCUGUUGUCAGUCAGUUCUUCCAGUUGGAUCGGUUAGUGGUGGAAGGUGGUAAAUCGGGAAAGCAAGGAGGCCGAAGAAAUGAUCUGGUUAGACAAAAGGAUACUGGAUGGGACUGAGGAAGAAAUCUAAUACCGACGCAGUGACCACUGAAAGACCCACGAAUUUAUGUUAGAAUAUCGGGAGAUCGCAAACAUCAACUUGUACAACAGAUGUAUAUCAUUAUGGUCUUGAGGCAAGACUUUAUCACAAGCAUUCAAGAGCGAUCGCCACUCAAUGAAAGGGCGGUCAGUUGGCCGCUUGACAGUGUCUCUCAGUUCCCGUUCAUGCGUUGUCAAUAUCAACGCUACCGGACUUGAAGCCCAAUUUUAAAUGAGGUAUCUCUAAAAUGCAUUUCACAUAUAGAGAUAGCAGUUCAAAGCGUAUAAAUACUAAGUAGACUCUUUCCGUCACACCAAAUCUGGC